GUUUUCCCCCAGAAUGCAUUGGACUGAAUCCACUGACCUACAGUUCUGCUCCAGGAAACAGUGACUACAAGAAUUUCACUCUCAAGUUUUACAAGCUGAUCAAUGUCACGAUUGAUUUCCAGCUGAAGGCCAUCAACAUUCAGACCAUAAUAAACAAUGAAAUCCCCGACUGCUACACCUUUGCUAUCAUGAUCGUCAUGGACAACAAGGCUCACAGCGGCAAAGUGAAGAUCCAUCUGCAGAACCAGGCGUCCAUCCAGGAGUGCAGAGACCCCAACGUGUCCGGGCACGCGGAGAGUUAUGCUCUGGAGUUUUUCGACGUGUGUGUGGCGUUUGUGUGUCUGAUGUCUCUGCUGCUGUGCGGACGCUCCGUCCUCAGAGGCGUCCUGCUGCAACACGAGUACGUGCAGUUCUUCAAACACAGACUGAUCCGCAGGGUGAGCCUUGGAGACCGGAUGGAGUUCAUCAACGGCUGGUACCUCCUCCUCAUCCUCAGCGACACCUUCACCAUCAUCGGCAGCUUCAUCAAGAUCAGCAUCGAGUCCAAGAACUCAUCCUCGUACGACAUGUGUGGGAUCCUGCUGGGAACCUCCACCCUGCUGGUGUGGGUCGGAGUCAUCCGCUACUUCAGCUUCUUCCAGAAAUACAAC